AUGAAACCCGACGGCAAAAUCCUCGAAUACAAAUCCCCCAUCAAAGUUCACCAGGUCCUGUCCGAGUUCGCACACCACUCGUUAUCCGACCGAGUCCCGGUCGCGAAGCACAUGCACCCGAACGCUGACCUGGCGGGUGCUCGAUUGUACUACCUGCUUCCCCUGCCUGUACCAGCUCCCCAGAAGAAGCCUGCUGCAGAAAACAAGAGCAAAAGUAAGAAGAGGGUCCGUUUUACGGACGACGUGAAAGGAGGAGGUUCGUCAGACGGGCCGCCGGCGACCGCUGGCGCCACCGUGAGGAUCAAGCUCGUGAUCAGCAAGCAGGAGCUUCAGGCCAUGCUUCAGGUUCAGAAAGAGUGGGUCCCAUCUCCUCUGGAAAGUGGUCCCGAUGUGAAGUAG